CCUGUAUUAGUUCGAAUUCAGAAAACCAUAAAAACUAUGAUGUGUUUUACAAACGAUAUCAUUAUAAACAUUAUUCAUAUACAAUACAUUUAUCUGUCUACUCAAGGUACCUUAAGAGCAACGAAUGAAAGGAGGAGGAAUUUGUUUGGAUGAUACCGCUUUACUGAUGAUGAUCAAACAUGGACCAUUGUGAUCAAAAGAAGAGGAAACGGAAUCCACGAGAGACAGCCAAUAUAUUUUCUUUACUCACUUUUUCAUAUACAGUAAGUUUAUUUAAAAAAGCCUAUAAAAACGAUGAUCUCGAAGAGGAUGAUCUGUACGAAGUUCUGAAGCCUUUAAGGUCGUCAAAAUGUGGUGAUAAAACAGAAAAACUAUGGCGAUUGGAAAUUAAUAACAAAUUGAAAAAAUCACCUUCAAUAUAUCGACUUAUGUGGGCAAGAUUUGGUUGGAGGUAUCUUCUUAUGGGAUGUACACAUCUCUGUUGGAAAAUAUUUAAUAUUAUCGUCGAACCAUGGGGAAUAAGCAACCUUAUAGGCUAUUUCAAGCCCGGCCAAACAACCACGACAAAAACAGAAGCUUACUACUAUGCAGCUUUGGUACUACUGCUCCAUUUAUUUUACACAGUCUACGUUCACAACUACGUUAUAUGGGUGCAACAGCUUGGCGUCGAAAUAAAAACGUCAUUUUCAUCGUUGUUGUACAGAAAGGCUUUGAAGUUAACACCGAGUGCGGUAUCUGAAAUUACGUUGGGAAAUAUUGUUACAUUGAUCACCAAGGACGUGUACGCCUUCCAGCAGGCUAUAUGGAUCGUAAAUGAAGGUUGGAUAGCCAUUGUACAGACCAUGAUUAUUUGCUAUCUCCUCUAUGCCAAAAUUGGAGUAGUUGCCUUCAUUGGGAUAGGUGUUGUUAUGAGUGUCAUACCGCUACAAGUGGUCAUCGGAAUAUAUGUGAAUAAAUUAAGAUUAGCGGCAGGAGAAAAAACAGAUCAACGUCUACAAGUACUUCAAGAAACACUUUCUACAAUUAGAAUUAUCAAAAUGUACAAAUGGGAAGACUAUUUUAGAAAAAAAAUUAACGAUUCAAGAUUAAUAGAAAUAAAUAAAAUGCUGUUAGGUUUUUACUUAAAAAUCGUAAUAGUCCUUUUGGGAGUCUUAUUUUCGAAAAUAGGCUUCUAUAUACUAGUCAUAUCAUGCAUCUGGAUGGGAGUCUCGACUGAAACGGAAAUAAUAUUCUACCUAUUAUCAAUCUUCAAGGAUCUGAAACACAGUUUGGGAAUUAUAAUACCCCACGGGAUUGGUAGAGGAGCUGAAUUGUUUUCUGCAAUAAUUAGAAUUAAUAAAGUUAUAAAAGGAGAAGAAUUACCACCAAAAUUAGGCUCUGAUGCCCCUACCGACAAUCCAUGUAUAGAAUUAAAAGACGCAAAAGUCAAUAUAAAAGAUAAAUGCAUUCUAAAAGAUGUCAAUUUAAGUAUAAGUCACGGAUUAAUAUUGGUCACUGGAACUGUAGGAUCAGGAAAGAGUUCGCUAUUAAAGAUGAUCUUGCAAGAUUAUCCAUUAUCCAACGGAUAUUUAUUAACUUUUGGACGUAUCUCUUAUGCAUCACAAGAUCCCUGGUUGUUUCCAUCUUCGAUAAAGCAGAACAUUUUGUUUGGGGAGAAAUAUAACGAAAAAAGGUACAAAGAAGUUAUUAAAGUUUGCGCCUUAGAGUAUGAUCUAAAACUGUUUGACAAAGGAGAUGAGACUAUUGUUACAGAUAAAGGAUUAAAUUUAAGUAAAGGACAGCAGGCAAGAGUAAAUUUAGCAAGGGCCAUUUAUAAGGAUAGUGAAAUAUAUCUUCUAGAUGAUUCUUUAACAGCUCUGGAUGCUCAUGUACAAGACUACAUUUUUGAUGAAUGCAUAAAAUCAUUCCUCAAAGACAAAAUAUGCAUGCUCGUUACCCAAACGGCUAGCCACAUAAAUGAAGCUGAUACUGUUAUCAUCAUGAAUGAAGGACAUAUUAAAUAUAACGGCGCACCCAACGAAAAAAUUAUAAAAGAAAUCAACGCAAUCGUAGUGGAAGACGACGACCUCGAAAAGGAAGUUAUAGACAAAGAUGAACAAUCGCAAAAAAUGAACGGAGAAGCUAAACCAAAAGAACUACUCGAAACUGAACAAACUACGAAAAUGAAAGUUUAUGGCGAGACUAAUAAAAAGGGAGAGGUUGAUUUUGCAGUGUACAAAAAAUACAUCAUUUUCGGGGGUGGAUUUAUUUUGAUGUUAGUAAAUGUCAUUUUGUUUGGAGUAACUCAAGGUACAGAAAGUUAUUCAGAUUCGUUGCUGACCAAAUGGGUAGACCAACAACAGUUAGCUUUAAACUUGGAAAGGAAUAUAACCCAAUUAAACACGACAACUCUCGAACAAAGUGAUGAAUUAGCUGUUGCCCGAACGAACGAAAAAUAUACUAUUAAAUUAUAUUCGUUUAUGAUUCUUCUUGUCACAGUUUUGGCUUUGGUUAAAACCUACGCUAUUUUUGAUUUUUGUAGAAGAGCUUCUAUAAACAUACACAAAGCCAUGGUUGCAUGUAUUACCUACGCUGUCAUGUCGUUCUUUGACACUCACUUCAUUGGAAACAUAUUAAAUAGAUUCUCGCAAGAUAUGACGAACAUCGAUGAACAUUUGCUCUAUAUUUUUAGCGAAUGUCUUAGGGUAACAUUCGCCAUUGCAGGGAUAGUCAUUCUGAUAGCAACGGUUAAUCCUUACUUUUUAGUCGUUGCCGUGCUAUUUUUCUCGUUUCUGCUUUUCUUGAGAAAAUUGUAUUUGCCAACGGGAAGAAGUUUGAAACGGUUGGAAGCAGCAUCUAGAAGUCCAAUGAUAGGCCAUCUUAAUGCCUCUCUUGAAGGUUUGACGACUAUAAGAGCUUACAAAGCACAACAUAUUUUGACUCAAGAAUUCGAUAGGUAUCAAGAUGUUUUUACGUCUGCACAUUAUACUUCCUUAUUAUCUAUGAGAGCUUUUGGAUUUAUUAUGGACUUUUUGUGCUCCAUUUUUAUACUGGUGGUUGUUAUCAGAUUCAUAAUUGUGGAUACAGGUACCAGUGCUGGAAACGUGGGUUUAACGUUAACCCAGUUGUUUAUGCUUGCUGGUCUGGUGCAAUGGGGUGUACGAACGUGGGCAGACUUAGAAAACCUGAUGACGUCGGUAGAAAGAGUUUUGGAAUACACAGAAAUACCUCCAGAGCCAACAGAUGGAAAUGAAGUAGAAGACUGGCCAAAGAGUGGUAGAAUUGUCUACGAUAACGUUUCUUUAGCUUACAACAAAACUGAAAUUGUUUUGAAGAAUUUGAAUUUCACAGUCGAACCUAAUCAGAAAAUUGGGAUAGUUGGUAGGACAGGGGCAGGAAAGUCGUCCAUAAUUUCCACAAUUUUUAGGCUAUACGAACCAGAUGGGAAAAUACUGAUAGAUGGCGUAGAUAUCAAGACUUUAUCGUUGAAAUUUUUACGAAAAAAACUGGCUAUAAUACCUCAAGAUCCAGUUCUCUUUACAGGUACCAUCCGUACUAAUAUUGACCCAAUGAACGAAUUCAAAGAUGAAGAAUUGUGGAACGUACUAGAAGAAGUAAACAUAAAGAAAAUAAUUCCUACUCUAGAUAUGAAGAUAACUAGCAGUGGUGGGUCAAAUUUUAGUUCUGGGCAGAAGCAGUUAAUAUGUUUAGCUAGGGCUAUCUUGAGGAAAACGAAAAUAGUAAUAUUAGAUGAAGCUACAGCUAACAUGGACCAUGAAACUGACAUCCUUCUUCACAACACGAUACAAAAGAAUUUCUCGGGUUGUACUGUUCUAACGAUAGCUCACAGAUUACAUUCUAUAUUGGUGUGUGAUAAAGUAAUGGUUUUGGAUAGAGGAGAGAUCAAAGAAUAUGAUGAACCAAAGAAUUUGUUAAAAAAUAGAGAUGGUAUUUUUUAUAAAAUGGUUAGUCAAGCGGGAUUGUUAAACUAUUUGACUGAAUAGUUAAUGUUUAUAGUAAAUGAAACGAAACAUUUAACCUCAUGUAAGAAAUACCAUCUUUAGUUCUAUUUUUUGUAAAUAUUUUAAAAUAAAACAUACUUUUAUAAGAGUUUUUUUAAUGAGUAAUGGACGAGCAAAAUUUUAAUCAUAAAAGAAAAAAGCACAGUAUAUAUACUGGGUCUAGUUAAUUUUAUUUAAGAGGAAAAUUUACAUUACAAACUAAAAAACCUGCGGGGCAAGGUAGUUCAGUAGGUAUAAAAAUUACAACUUAUG